GGGUGUUCGUACUUGGGAUUUGCGGUCUAAUGUUCCAGAACAGUACAUCUCUGUACAAGCUGAUCACGUUCGUGAUUUCGAUUGGUCGCCUCAGAAUGUCAAUCAAAUGGUGACAGUCAGUGAAUAUUCUGAAAUGCGUCUAUGGGAUAUUGAAAAUCCUUCAUAUCCUCUGAAAAAGGUUCGAUUUCAUGAAAUAAAACUGAAGAAAGUAAUUUACACUCCUUCAGGUGAUCAUAUUAUUAUUUUACCGGAGCAGUCUCAUUGGUCAGUUCACGGAAUAUCUGUGUGGUCUAGUGCUAAUUUGACACAAUCUCAUGAUUUAUUCCAAGUAAUAGAAAACCAUGAUAAUAGUAACACUGAUGACAAUGGAAUUACUGUUAAUAAAACGUCUGCUGAUAGUAUAGUGAAUUCAAACAAUAAUAAUAAUGGUAAUAAUAAUAAUAGUCCCAUAAAUGAUCAGCAGAUUUGUCAACCACGUUCUACAGAUUCAUAUAUAUUAGAUAUGAAUUGGUUGAUAUGCUCCUCUUCAAAUCUUCCAUUCUCACCAUUGACAACAACAGAUGAUCAUGAAUUGACGACAAAUUUUAUUCUGGAUAAUGAAAUAUCGACAACAAAUCAAAAUUUAGAAUAUUGUCCUAAAAAAAAUGUACAUUUACUUACUUGGUCAAUGGAUAAUAUACUUCGUGUUUAUCCAAUUCAUUUUAAAUCAAUUUCACAUCAUGAUAAUGAACCAUUACUAAACCAAGCAAAUAAUCAAACGAGAAUAAUAAAGGAAAAAUCAGAAGAUUUACUAGAUGAUAAAUUAUCAACGAAUUUCAAUCCAAAGACAAAUCAAUCAAAGAAGUUUGGUAAUGCUUCGACAAACAAUUUAAAUAAACUAAAGGCUGUUGACCCGCAACAUCGUGGUGAAGAUUUUGGCCAACGUUCUUCUGUCUCCAAAUCAUGUUUAUCUAUUUCGAAAAGUGGAUUGAAUGCAGAUCCUAAAUGUGGAAAUCAGGAAGAUAGCGCAUUUCAAUUUCUCGCUCAAGAAUUAUCUCUUUUAAGCCAUAGAGCUGGACAAUAUAAGUUAGAAGAAAUGGAUCUUAUCAAUCGUACUGCUAAAUUAAUUCUAUUUUACUGUCGUCGUAAUCAUCAUCAUCAUUAUUCAUUAUGUUCAGUAACUAAUACACUUCGAAGACGACGUCAUAGUUCUGUAAUGAAUAAUGAAGGUCUUGAUAGUCUACUAUUACCUUCAACUACUGAUCUAAUUUCACAAAUGGAAUUUUCUGAACAUUCAAAUUUUUGGAAAGUACACCAUCGUAAUUUAUCGUCAACAACUGAUACUGAACGUACAAUAUCGAAUCACACUAGCAUUAGUAAUAGUGCUGUUAGUGUUGAUAAUGAAGAGAGUACCCAUUUAACAAAUUAUCCAUCAAAUCAUUCAUUUACUUUAACAUUUGAUAAUAGUCAUGAAUUAGAAAAUUCGACGACUGACAAUACACAUAACUAUGAAAUGCCAUUAGCUGGGUCAAUUAUAUUAAGUAUAGAAUUCCCUGAUAAUUAUCCAUUAAAUGGAGCUAUACCAGAAUUUCAUGUUCUUGAUUGCAGUCCAUCCUUACCUCCAGAAGUAUUAGAUGAAUUAAGAAAUGUUUUAUAUUCAACUGCAUCUGAACUAGUGUCCACCUCACGUGGUUGUGUUGAACCAUGUAUAAGAAAUGCUGUGAUCACCUUACAAACAUAUCCUACGUUAAGUAAUCAAAUAGAAAACAAUUCUAAGAAAUUAAACUCAACAAAUUUAUCUGCUACUAAUUAUGAUAUGCUUAAUGUUAAUAUGGAUACAUUGAACAAACCAAUUAUUGAUACAACAGCUUCAAUGAAACAAAAAUGUCAUUAUACAAUAGGUAUUCCUUUCCCAAGAACAUCUGGUGUUCAUUUUACCACGAAUGGUCUAAUUGUAACAUUUGGUCUACCAGAAUCUUUGUCAUUUAUACGUAAUUCAUUAAAAUUAACUUCAUCAGAUGAUAAAUGUCAAGUAGAGUUAACAAAUAAUAAUAAUGAUAAUAAUGACAUAAAAAAAGAUUGGACACCACAAUCAUUUAGUGAAUAUCAAACAUUUAUCCAACGAUUUUCAUCAACAAAUCGUGAAUAUAAUAAUGAUAUGAAAAGGUCAUUUCAGAGUUGUAUUGGAAAUAUAAUUGAUUCAUUUGCUAGAUUUGAGGUAGAUUGCAAAGAACAACAACGACAACAGAAUCAACCUCAUGAAAAACAGAAAAGGAUCAAUGAAUUAAUUGACAAAAAUAGAUUAUCUUUUAAAAUGAAUGUAGAACUUAAUCAAAAUUCAAUUAAUUUAACAGCUAAUGAUGCUGAAGUAAAGAAUUCUUUUGAGUCUGCUCGUGUGACGGAACAAAAAUGGUUCAAUCCCAUUUCAACAACACAUCCCAACUCUCCUGAUGUCCAGAAUCCAAAUGAAAUGUUCUUCAGUCACUUCAGUAUGAUUUAUCCAUCUACUAUUCAAAUUUAUGACAUGAGCCCUUUAAUUUGGGAUCGGCAUUUAAUGUAUAAUUACAGCUUAAACACCAAAAAUCUACAACAGAUGUGCAUUCACAAUCUUCAUGCAGUUUAUAAUACUCAUCGAAAGGAUCUUAUUCGAUUCUGGCAAUAUGCUCUAGUUAUGUCAAUUUCACUUAGUCACACAGAUCUUUCUCACCAAGUUUAUCAACCGUUAGCUUCACAAUUAAUUGGAAGACCUUUAUUUGAUACAUGGAUUCAACAUUUCCUUCGUAUACAUGAUGUUCAAAGUUUGGCAAUGUUGGUUCUUGUACUUCAAAGUUUAAAUCAUACCAAUGAACUGAAAUUCAACACAGUUGAUGGUUCAAAUAUUUCACUAAAUAAACUCGAGAAUGCUAUUACUUCACUGUCAUCUGUGAACAACUUUUUGGAGACAUAUUCAUUAUAUCACAUGAAUGAAUCAGAAAAGACAAUAAAUCUUUUAGGAUGCAAUACAGUUGCCAGUUCUUCAUUAGAACAACAAGUGUCAUUUACCUUAGAUAACUCUGAUGAAACACAGAGUGAAUUUAGUUUGGUAUUUGGCCAGUCAAACGAAAAUAUGAACGGUUGUCCCACAGAACAACUUCCUCCAAAGGAAUUGUCGAUCAAUUCAAUUUGUGCUUAUCAAUCAAGAUUUGUGCACCCAAAGGAUUUGUUUUCAUUCGAUCACUACAUUUAUGUUUACGCUAGCAUUAUUUACUCUCUACGCGAAUACAUUUUGCACGCUCAUCUUCUUCGAUCUUGGUCGUACAAUAUUCGUACAAAUUCAUUAUCCCACAUAUGGCCUUACGUUCAAACAAAUGCUAUGAUUCUACUUUCAUGUCCAGACAUGCGAUGCAGUUCUAACUUAGUUCCAAAACGCUCCAAUGGAUCUCUUAAGUCUGUACAGUGUACACAUUGUCAGUGGGAGGUGGAUUUAGAGAACCACCAAUCUACUACAGCCCCUCGGAAAUCUCAAAGAUUGUUAAUCUGUACUGUAUGCCGAAAUAGCUGCAAAGGACUUGUGUUAGUGUGUCCACUAUGCAGUCAUGGUGGACAUGUACAUCAUGUUUCCACAUGGUUUAACUCAGUUGGUAGAAUUAAUUUACCUAGACAAUGCCCUUUCAUUAAUUGCGAGUGUUUUUGUUUUCUCAGUGAAAUGUAUUCAACUCAAAGGGUAUGAGAUUUUAAAAAAUUUCUGAGAAAUCUAAACUUACCAACAUAGUAGUAGGGGAGUGCUGGUUAAUGUACAUUGUAUUUCUCUAUUCAUAUAUUACUUUGGAGAGUAUUCAAAUAUUCAUUGUUAUUCUAUGUAUUAUUUUCUCCCUAAAAAGUAUGUAGGCCUGUGCGAUAAUUUUUAAACCUGUUCGUCUAAUUCCUGAUUGAUGAGGAUGUCCAUUUCGCUAAAAACCACUCUUGAUACCAUGAUUGUAAUUUAUUUUGCACAAUAUCUAACUAAUUUUUAGCCUCCAUACCUACACGCGCUACUUACCGUUAAUGACUUUCUGUUGUUAAAUGUGGUCUCUGGUUGUUAGAUUGCAGAUAUCAGUAAACGACUUUAUUAACUUUUUUACAAAGUCGUUGCCAAUAAAUGUAUAUGCAACAACUGAAUAAUUGAUUAAUUUUUUUCGCUUAUCUAAUAAAUUUUCCAACUAAGACUUGAUUUCUCCAUCUUUUACUUAACUGAAGAGUAGAAAAUGUAAUUUUUGUUCACUGUUCAUUAGUACUUAAAAAUAAUCUUUUCGAAUCUCACACUUUUCAUUAUAAUAUAACACGAACGAAUAUUAAGUCAGCCAUCCAUUUCAGAUCGUAAAGAAGUCAGUUAGACCUUGGUGCAGACAGUACCAAAGAUUCUGAACUGCAACACUCAAAAGUUGGAGAUUAUGUAUCAACUCCACUGUGUUCAAAAGUUAAAGAUCAGCAGAUUGGUAAUUUGUUCUUAUUAUCGUAUAAUCAUUUAGUGUGUAAGAUAGAUCGAAUUUGAUAUUGGUUAACAUUUUUAUGUGGUUCUCUAAGUACACUUUCGUCUUAAUUUCCGUAUACAAGCUAAGGGUAUUUCAUAUAUAAGAUUUCGGUCACACAUACAUGGAUGCUAAUUAUUCAUUUAUUUUGUUGUGGAGAUUAGUGAACUGAGAGUUGUCGUUAUGAUCGAGUGCAUGGUAAGAAUUGUUAAGUGAUUUUUUCCUUCUUUUUUUGAAAGUUUUGUUUCAUUCGUGUAAUCGUUUAGACAGGUAUUUUUUUCAACUAAAAAACGGAAAAUCGCAUUUGAUUAUUUAUAGAAGAUUCUGUUACCUUGUACAUUUCACCUAGUUUUUUCAUGUUCAAUACAAUCAUUCAUAUAUUUAUUUCAUUUUAUGAAUGUAUAUAAAACAAGAAAAUUAACUGGAGCGGAACAUUUUAUUUUGAUGUCUCUUGUCAUAUGCUUAUAGGCUUAUUUUAUCGAAAGACAGCAUAAUACUAAGUAAUCAAUAAUAAUAAAUAAAUAAUUUAAGUUU